GCCCCAUGCUAAUUUAAGAAUGGUAAAAUACUACUGGCCCCGCCCCCAAACCCGGAAGUAAUCUCCGGGUAGGCCCAGGUGGAGUAGAGACUGGCGAGUCUGGGUAGAUUGCCGGGCUCGUCCGAGGUCUGCGGGUUGGCUGACUCCCCAGCUCCUACCCCAGCCGAGCGGCUCUGACCAAUUGAACGCUGUUUUUGAGAACGGGGCGUGAAGCUGAUCGAGGGAAGUACCAGCUGCUUUCCUCCACCCAAGCUGUGCCUCAUGGAGUCCACGUUCAGCAGCCCCGCAGAGGCGGCCCUGCAGCGAGAGGCCGGCGCCCCAGGCCUACGCACUCCUCUUGCGGACCUGGACCAAGUGUAUGAGCUGGAGCGAAUCUCUGGGUUUGUCAGCGACCUGGGGUGCCUGCGGGUGGCCUUACAGUUUCCUGACCAGCUACUGGGAGAUGCGGGGGCCGUGGCUGCACGACUGGAAGAGAUCACUGGGUCGAAGAUGUUCAUUCUGGGGGACACAGCAUAUGGCAGCUGCUGUGUGGAUGUACUGGGUGCUCAGCAAGCUGGAGCUCAGGCCCUUGUACAUUUUGGCCCUGCCUGCUUAAGCCCUCCAGCCUGCCCACUGCCCGUUGCCUUUGUCUUUGGUCAACGUUUUGUGUCUUUGGAGCUAUGCGCCAAGGCCUUUGAGGCCCAGAACCCAGACCCCACAGUGCCUGUGGUGCUACUGAGUGAGCCAGCCUGUGCCCAUGCCCUAGAGGCCUUGGCCACUCUCCUGCGCCCGCGGUACCUGGACCUGCUUGUCUCCAGCCCAGCUCUUCCCCAGCCAACGGGCUCUCUCAAUCCAGAGCCUGAACCUUUGGAACGUUUUGGGCGCCACUUCCCCCUGGCUCCAGGGAGGUGUCUGGAAGAGUAUGGUGCCUUCUAUGUGGGGGGCUCUGAGACUAGCCCUGACCUUGACCUCGACCCUGAUCUGAGCCGGCUGCUCUUGGGCUGGGCACCAGGGCAGCCCUUCUCCUCCUGCUGCCCAGACACUGGGCGGACUCAGGACAAAGUUGCCCAGGCUAGGCGCCUAAGGGCACGUAGACAGUAUCUGGUAGAGAGGGCCAGAGAUGCCCGUGUGGUGGGGCUGUUGGCAGGCACAUUGAGUGUGGCACGACACCGUGAGGCACUGGCACACUUGCGGAACCUGACUCAGGCUGCCGGCAAGCGUAGCUAUGUGUUGGCCCUGGGGCGGCCCACACCUCCCAAGCUUGCCAACUUCCCUGAGGUGGAUGUCUUUGUCUUGUUAGCCUGUCCUCUUGGUACCCUAGCUCCCCAGCUUUCUGGUAACUUCUUCCGGCCUGUAUUGGCACCAUGUGAGCUGGAGGCUGCCUGUAACCCUGCGUGGCCACCUUCAGGCUUGGCUCCCCACCUCACACAUUACAAGGAUCUGUUACCUGGCUCUCCUUUCCAUGUGCCCCUCCCACCACCUGACUCAGAACUGUGGGACACCCCAGAUAUUUCACUCAUUACUGGGGAGCUCCGACCUCCACCUGCUUGGAAGCCAUCAAUUGAUCCUGGAUGCUCAGCCCUGACCCCUCGGCCCCGACUGGAGCUGGCUGAGAGCAGCCCUGCAGCCUCAUUUCUUAGUUCCCGGAGCUGGCAGGGGCUGCAGCCCCACCUGGGUCAGACACCAGUGACAGGAGCUGUGAGUGGAAGACGAGGGAUUGCCAUCGCCUAUGAGGAUGAAGGAAGCAGCUGAUACUAUGUGGGGCCAGAGACACAGAUGGACUUAAGAAUCACUACUGAGGGCUUUAGUGCUCCCUGCCUCAACCUCACCCAUCUGCCAGGAUCCUUGAAGUAGCUGAGGAUAGCAUCCAGCUCUGUCCUGUCCUGGCACUGGCACACGGCCGAGCAGAUAUUGGCUUAGUAAAUGCCUGUUAUUUGACUUACAGGGACUGAUUUGUGGCUUUUUUGAAGCCUCCUGGGAGCAGCCCAGAACCUCUGGCCAAUCCCAGUUUUUGGUGUGCAGGUGAUGGUCUCACAAGGGCAAACGCAGGUUCUAAGACCAGGGUCUCUCAACCUUGGUACUGUUGACAUUUGGGCCAGACAAUCCUUCAUUGUGAGGAGCUCUUCUGGGUACUGUGGGAUAGUUAGGAUCAUCUCUGGCUUCUGCCCACUAGAUGCCAGUAGCACACUCUUCCCCAGCUGUGAUAACCAAAAAUGUCUCCGGAUUGAUAAAUGUCACCUAGUGGGGCAAAACUGGCCCGAGUUGAGAACUACCAGUCUAGACCUGUGCUGUCUAGUAUAGUAGCCACUAGACUCUUGGGCUAUUUAAACUAAGAUUAAAAACUCAGUUUCUGUCAUACCAGUAAUAUUUCAGUGCUCAAAUAGCCAAAAGAGAAGACAGUACAGGUAUGGGAAUUUCUAUUGCAGAAAAUUCUGUUGGGCAGUGCUGGUCUAUGAUGACUCCGAUUUGUUUUUAGGGAGAUCACAGAAACUUGAAUAAACCAGAUGCUUGUUCUCUU